AAACUUUCCACGGCGCCCGGAGCCAAGCAACCACGAGGACCUCCCGCUUUUGGCAGCACCUCGGCUCACCCGCCGAUACAAACUGAAGCUGCUCGCGGGUGAACCGUAGAAGCACCGGAGCAGUCGACGGAACAGCUGCUGGCUGCCGUGUCUCUCUCCGCGCGCGUGCGUGCGGCUUGUUCCACGUGCUUAGCUCGUUUGCGUGCUCCGUGGUUGUGCAAGCAGCUGAUCCGCUGCGUUUAUCAAGCGGUGGGCUUGGCUUGAGGUUUUCAUAUUUACGCUUUGGCUGCUGCGAGCAGUUUCAGUUUGUAUCGGGAGGCAGCGGGGAGCCAGCUGCUCUCUCCCUCUCUAUAUAUAAGGAGACGUUUGCCUCUGAUUUAGUUGUUUCCUCCGCGACAAUUGACGUCAGUCUGUGGAGCAUUUUCAUAAUUCUCUUAAGAAAGGUGCAAGCCAAGAUUUCGGCCGGACUUCAAAGCGGCGUCUUCAAAAUAAAACAAGCCUCCAAGGAAAACGUCCACGUUGGAAUACGAAGUCGGCACUGCUGGUAGCUUGGCUCAAGUUAUUCUAUCUUUCGGUUUUAAUUUAUUUAUUUGUUAAACAAAUCUUCAAACCCGUGUUGGACAGCCGGGGACCCACAACCCAGAAUGUCGUCCCACCCCGGAGCACCGACUCCCAUGGAGAACGGAGCGGACGCCGUGGGGGUUACGCCUGGCACGCGGGACGGGGAGACGGAGGUUCUGGGCGAAGCGGAGGACUGCAAGAACCCCACGGAGGUGGAAAUGACCCAGCUGGUCAUGCCGUGUCACGCCAACCACCUCGGGGAACUGAGCACGGGUCAGAUGCUCAAGUGGAUGGACGUCACUGCCUGUUUAUCUGCGGAGAGGCAUGCGGGCCUGCUGUGCGUAACGGCCUCCAUGGAUGACUUUCAAGUAGAGGAAGCCAUAAAGAAUACUAACCAGGCAGGGGGAGCAGUGAAGCACGGAGUUGGCCAGGCGGUGUACAUCAAGGCCCAGGUGAACCGGGCGUUUAACACCAGCAUGGAGGUGGGGAUUGAUGUUCGCGUUGAGGAUCUGUCAACCGGCAACCAGAAGCUGGUGUGCAUGGCCCACUCGACGUUCGUGGCUCGAUCGCUGAGUGGCGAGAAGGUGCAGCUGCAGGCGCUGAUACCGCGCACGAGCGAGGAGAGGCUGCAGCACACGCUGGCGGCGGAGCGGCGCCGCAUGCGGCUGGCCCACGCCGACACCAUUCUCGAGCUGGUGCACGGCUGCUCCUUUCAGGACGUGACGCUGGGGCCGAACGUCGACUACGGGAAGGAGCUGGUGCCCGCGGAACGUACGCGGGUGCACAGCGUGGAGCUGGUGCUGCCCCCUCACGCCAACCACCAGGGCAACACCUUCGGCGGGCAAAUCAUGGCGUGGAUGGAGGCCGUCGCCACCAUUUCCGCCAGUCGCCUGUGCCGUGCCCACGCCACCCUCCGGGACAUCGACAUGUUCCAGUUCCGUGGGCCGUCGCAGGUCGGCGAUCGCCUCACCCUCAAGUCCAUCGUCAACAACGCCUUCCGCAAGAGCAUGGAGGUGGGGGUCUGUGUGGAGGCGUACCGCCAGGGAGACUGCAGCCCCGCGUCCCUGCGCCACAUCAACAGCGCGUUCAUGACGUUCGUCGUGCUGGACGACAACGGCGAUCCGCGCACGCUCCCACGCAUCAAGCCCUACGCCGGGGACGGUGAGCGGCGCUACAGAGAGGCCAUCGCCCGCAAGAAGAUUCGUCUUGACAGGAAGUACAUCUUGUCGUGCAAGCAGAAUGAAGUGCCGCUGUCUGUUCCCUGGGACCCCAGUAACCAGGUCUACUUGAGCUUCAACAACGUCUUGGCUCUCACGCUAUUGGCCAGCCGAGGGGCAUGGGAGCUCGUUUCCGUCCAGAAUGGGAUCAAGCUGUACAGCUGCGAGGAGGGCGGUCUGCUGUCGUUCCGUAUCGAGAUGCGUGCCUGCGUCUCUGCUGAGCAGGCCUUCCUCCUGCUCUCUGAUCUGCAGCACCGCGCCGCCUGGGACAAGCACUACCAGAAAUGCAGUCUGAUCCAGGCGGCGGAUGAAGAUGAUGCCAUCUACAGCGUGGAGAGUCUGGCCAUCCGCAAGGGCCUCAGGCCCCAGGACUUCGUGGUGCUCAUGUCGCGCCGUCGGCCCUGCCAGUCCAGCAGAGACCCGUACGUGAUCGCCUUCCGCUCCGUCACCCUCCCGGCGGCGCCGCCGUCCCCGGACUUCACGCGGAGCGAGGUGCUGUGCGCCGGCUUCAUCGUGCAGCAGCUCAACAGCAGCGAGACUCGGAUUUCUUAUUACAACCAAGCCACACCGGCUGUGCUGCCGUACAUUUCCAAGGACAUCGCGGGCCUCUCGGUUGAGUCCCAUGCACUUUUCCUGGCCUGCAAAACCUUCCUGGAGAACAACUCCAAACUGUGAUCGGCGUGCGUCUGUCCGGGUCGGGGCGUGUGUGGGGCACGGCGUUUUUUUAAGCCCCCGACUCCCAGCACCUCGCAGACACAGAAGUCACGACUCCACGGAGAGAGGACUUGUCGCUGGUCUUUGCCCAAUGAUGGCGACGGUGGGUGUUUUCAAACGUGGUUUGUGUCAAUAGAAUCGAGGAAGUAAUUGCAGCCGGAAGCUGCCGUGGCACGGACUACUUAAGACCGGAUCCUUCCACAACUCGUGGAAUGUGAUGCAGACAAAUGCACGGUGCAAUUUUUUUGAUGAACGUCAUGCAGUUUGAGACAAGGGGAGUUUGGUGCCUCCAGUUCAUAUUUGCAACGAGUUCCACCUGCGGAUUUUUUGUAAUUGUUAGUGAUGCGUGCUGGUGAGUAAAUUGUAGUGGAGUACAGUAGAAACCACGAGGUCAAGAUGUGAGGCCUGAGUAUAGAACGACUUAGGCAAUUAUAUAAUUUGCACUAGAUAAGACUUGACAUAACUCCCGUUUCCAUAAAACAUUUACACAAUUUAGCUUCGUAAAGUUAUAGGUGGUUUCAGACUACCCGACGGUUGAUUGUCAUAGUGAAAAAAAGGAAAUCAAUAAAUCACCGAGCGCUGAUGUCAUGGCGACCACGUUGCAUGGGUGACGUUGCGAUGUCUAUGUUGCAUCGGGUUGCUUCCUGGCAACUGAUUGGCUGGUGUAGUGGGAGUGAUGAUGCUAUCGCUAGCAACCGCUGCCACACCCACAUCAUUGCUAACUCUCAAGAACACCUGCAUUUCCUUAUAUUUUCCUUAGAUUUUGUAAAUACAUUUUCUCUGUCAUUUCUGACCUUGCUACAAUCGCAGCUUGCCGAAUUUACUCAGGCACCUGCUGAGUCGAGCCCUUGUGUGCUGUAUUAUACAUCACCUCUGCAUGUCCUCAAAAUGGAACGUAGGUUUUUUAAAUGAAAUGAUAAUUAAGUUAGCAAUACUAUGGCAAUUUCUGUUCAGGUAAAAGGCAAUAACUGGUGCUAGUUCUCUUGAAAGGCUAUGAGGUGUUUUGUCUGGUGGGCCCUUGAGAAUACAGUGUGGGAUCCUGGCAUCGUGUGUCAUAGAAGGGCUUGUAGGAUAAUAGGAGUCGUGGGUAUUAGGGUCACGAAUAAGAGGAGUUCUACUGUAACAAUGCAUAACCCAAAUAUUGAGAGGCCCCUGCUCGGCUCUCUGGCCCCUACAUUAAUGUAUCCAACAGAGGGCUCCUCUCUGCCAGGGUCCCCUCCUCGUGCAACAAUCGCACCGUUGUUGAUACCCGGCCCCCUCAGACGACACCGCAUGCCGCGUGGCAAUCACUGGUGAAGAUACACACUUCGUAGUAAUCGGUAAAGAUACAGAAACAUAUUUUCACGUUUACAAAAAUAGAAUGAAGGUGAUUGAAUAACAGUUGAGGGAAACUGUCAAGUUUUGACAGCCGAUAUCUUCGGCGUUCACGAUAAAUAAUGUUUUAUUUUUUUAUUUAGACUGUCCAAGCGAAACCAUCACAGGCACUUUAGGUAACAUGAUUAAGAUUUCAGCGACGUGUUCAUGGGUUCAGAGGCUGUGUUUAUAUUCACACACACACAGCUACCUCCAUGUCCAUCCCCAACGACCGCUCCCAUCAGCUUCCUGGCCGGAAGACUUAGGACAUAUAAUGUACACUUCUAAUACUAAAAUAGCAAAAGGUGCAUCCCUGCAAUUCCUCGCUCUCGCCACUGCUCCCGGAUGGCCUUAAUACUGUAUUGUAAUUUUAAGGCAAUUAUUAUUCACCCUAGGGAACGCGAGGCACCAGGCCACCUCAUCCCGAUGACAACCGCAGCCUUUAAACUAACUGUCUGUUAAGUGAACAUAGCCUUGACUUAAAGCUUUCGUGACUGCAAGAAUUCAUAUUCUUUGGGUCUUUCGGUAAAGCCACGUAGAUAGAAAAAAUAAUAAAAAUAUCACGACGUUUCGAUCGCAACACAAGCA